AUGGCCAGCCCCGAAGACUCGGUCAUCUCCCUCGAGUACCGCGGCCGCGUGGCGCUGCUCACGAUUGACAACGACCGCAAGCUCAACGCUCUCGCACAACCGCAGUAUUACGACCUCGCCCAGAAGCUGCGCGAGAUUGCUACACACGACGAGGUCUUCAUCACUGUUCUGACGGGCAAGGGGCGCUACUUUUCUGCCGGCGCUGACGUGUCGAUUGCGCGCGCCUCCCCCGCCGGUCCAGACGCUCACAAGCACUGGCUCCAGUCCUUCGUGGCCUUCAACCUCAACAUCACGCAAGCCUUCUACUCGCACCCCAAGAUCCUCGUCGUCGGCCUCAACGGUCCCGUCAUCGGCCUCUCCGCCGCCCUCGUCUCCUUCGCCGACUUCAUCUACGCCACACCCUCUACCUUCCUCCUCACCCCCUUCUCCUCGCUCGGCCUGGUGGCGGAGGGCGGCGCCUCGCGCGCCCUGGUCCAGCGCCUUGGCAUCAGCAAGGCCAACGAGGCGCUCAUCAUGAGCAAGCGCAUCCCGGCCGAGGAGCUGCUGCACACCGGGUUCGUGAACAAGAUCUUCGACACGGGCAAGGGCGAGGACGCGAGGUUCAGAGAGCUCGUGCUGCACGAGGCUGGGGAGCACCUGAUUGGGGAGAGCCUGACGGGCAUCAAGGCGCUGAUCCGGAGGCCCGAGAUGGAUGCCAUGGACAAGCAGAACUCGCUCGAGGUGUUUGCGGGGCUGGAGAGGUUCAUGAAGGGCGUUCCGCAAGAGGAGUUCCGCAAGAUAGCCAGCGGCGAGAAGAGGCACAAGUUGUAA